AUGCUCACAGCCGAGCCCGUCGACCUGCGCGGCCGCCGUGCGCUAGCCAAAAGCCUCGAGAAGGAGGAGCGCCACGCCACGGACCAGCUCAAACAAGCACUCAAAGCGUCAAACGCCGCCGUCGAUGAACUAAGAGCGGUCGGCUCCGAACUCGAGGACGAGGCCGAGCGCGUUUCUGAAAGAGCGAAGAAGGACCGCGCGCGCGUCGACGACGUCGAGGCCCAGUGCGCCUACGCCAAGGCGCGGCGCGCGGAAUUGGAUCGGCUGUCGAAGCGCGGCGCGCGCGAAGCAUUAAUAAAAGAAAAAAAGGCCGCCGAGAAAGCGUCUGACGAGGCGAAGGCGCAGCAGCUCCGAGCCGAAUCUGAUAGAGACGCGGCCCGGCGCAAGGCGGCGGAGGAUGCGAAGGCCGCGCGCGACGCGGAGGCGCUUUCGGCCGCUCUCGACGCCGAAGCAUUAGACUCGAGGCGCCUCGCGUCGGCCUGCGCCCUCGCGCGGGGCGCCCAGGCCGCGCGCGUCGAUAGGAGGGAGGAGCGGCGUUCCAUGAAAGAGGCGCGGCGCCGGGCGCUCGAGGCGCCCCUCGCGGCUUUUGAUCGGAAGCGCCGCGCCAACGCAUUGCGCCGCUUUAUAACAACCUGGGCGCGCGCGGCGACGCAGGAGAAGGGCCUGCGGCGGUUGCAAGCGCGGGCCUUCCGCGGGAAAGCACGACGCUACCUGCGCGCGUGGCGGCGCGGCGCGAUCACGAACGCGCUGGCGGACGUGGACCGCGGGCGCCGGCGCCGCCGGCGCGGUUUGCGGGCCCUCGCGCAUUUUGCGCGCGCGGCCAAGGCCGCGCGCGCCGCGCGCGAGGCGGCAUUGAAAGCGCGACACGCGCGCGAGGCCGCGGCCCGGCGGCGGCAGGCUUUUGAGCAGUGGCAGGCGGCGGCCUUAGAUAGGCGCCUCCACGCCGUCGCGCGCGCCUGGCACCGCGGGCGCAUGCGCGCGCUCGCGCCUGCCGCCGACGCGCACGCGUCGCCGGCGGCGAAGGAGGCCGUCGACCGCGCCCCGGUGACGCCCGUGGCUUUGAGGUUGCCGCCGCCGACGCCCGCCGCGCGGCCGCCCGCGCCCGCCGCACCACCGUCGCCGCCGGUACCGCCGCCGCCGCGCGUCACCGACGCCGCCGCCGGGGCCUUCGCGGCGCGGCGCUCAUUGAAGCGGGGCCUCGGGACCUGGCGCGCCGUGCGGCUGGCGCGGGCGGCGGCGCGGCGCCUCGACGGCGUUUUGAUGGACCGCGCGCAGUCUUCAAUGAAGGCGCGGUCACUAAGGAUGUGGGCCGCGCGCGCGGUCCAAUACAAACGCCACCGCCUCACGGAUGCGGCGGGGCCCGACCGGCUGUUAAGGUUGCGCGCGCGGGCCUUGGUACGGACGUGGCGGACGCGCGCGCACCGCCGCGCACGCGCCGCGGCGCGCGUCGAGCGGUGCGCGGCCGCGGCGCGGCGGGCGGUCGUGGGCCGGGCGCUGCUCGCGUGGGGCCGCGCCGCGGCGGCGAAGUGCCAAGAGAAGGAGGCGCUGCUCGUCGUCGAGGCCGAGGCGCUGCUGGCGGUGCGGCGGCAGCGCGAGCGCGAGCUGGACGCGUGCGGGCCGGCGCCCUGGGCCGACUCGGAGCGCCGGGCCCACGCGGCGCGCGGCGUGCUGGAGGAGGCGGGCCGCGACGUGGAUUUGAGAAGGGCGGCCGUCGCGACGGCGGUCGAGAGGCGACGGAGCCACCUCGAGCGCAUCGCGGCCGCGGAGGCGGAUCGGGUUAGUCAGGAGGCUCGCUUGCAAGCUUCCACGGCGGCCAAGGACGCCUUGAGUGCCGUGGCCGCUUGCUUAGCGUCCCGCGACGCUCGGUUGAAGCGGGCGGCGGCCGAGAAACGGAAAACCACCGAAGUGUCGAUCCGCCAGCUCGAGGGCACCUGCGCGUCGCUGACGCACCAGGCGUCCGACGCCGAGCGGCGCGCGCGCCAGGCCGAGCUCCAAGCUACAAAACGCGCCGAGGACGACGCGUCGUCGCUGCAGCGCGCCGUCGCCGUCGCGUCCGAUUUAUCUCAAUUGCUGAGAGAAGCCGAGGCCAAAGAGGAGGCGUCGAAGAAGGACGUCGAGGCCCUGGACCACGCCGCGGCGCGGCUGCGGGCGCGAUUGGAGGCCGCGGAAAAGGCCGCGGCCGAGGCGAAGCACCGGGACGCGGACGUGCGCCGGCGCUACUGCGACACCGCGGAGCUCCAGGCCGCGCUGGCUUCCGAGAAAGCUCGAACGCACCGGCGGCUGGCGGGCCGCGUCAAGGCCCUCGCGGCGGCCGACGAGGUCCUGCCCCCGCGCGAGCGCGUCAACUUGGCCGCGCAGCUCAAGCGGAAGCGCGACCGGUUGCUGGCCGCGGCGGCGCGCGCGGCGGCGUCCAGCGACUCGGAGUCGACGUGUUCUCCUGAACAAUUUGGUGCGGCGUUCGGCUCGGGUGCACCCUCGCCGGCCUCCGCGGGCGCGGCGUCGCCGGCGGCCUCGGAUGCGACGCUGACGAUGUCCUCGUCGAGCGGCGAGGACGCGGCGAGGGCAUCUCCGGCGGCAGAAUCGGACGCGGCGUCGUCGCCAGGCAGCGCCGCGGCGGCGGACUCGUCCCCGGGCGCCGCUGACGAGUCCGGCGAUGCGAGCGCGGUCGACGCCGACGAACAACCUGCACCGAGUCAGGACGGGUCCGAGUCCGCUGCACCAAGCCUCCUAGCUUGA